GGUUUAACCACACGCCUAUGUCAGUAUCAUCGGUGUCUCUCAGCUCGGAUGCAAAUGUUCGAUAUCAGCGAUUGGCUCAGGAGUAUACGAAGCUCCGCGCUCAGGCAAAAGUUCUCCGAGAGGGUGUGAUCGAGGAACGGGGCAAAGUCGACAAACUGACGGAGGAGCUCAAAUCGAAGGAAGCUGUGAUUCGACGAAUUCAGGCCGAAAACGAGUCGCUCACAUUUCGAAAUGACCAGCUCGUGCGGAGAGUUGAGAAUUUCCAAUUCGAGCCGCCGACAACUCCCGCCGCCUCAAAAUCUCAUUCUUCUAAAAAAUCCACGACGCCCACUCAAUCGGACUCUGCUGCUGCCGCCGCAGCCCGAAUCGAUCUUCUCGAGCAGGAGCUCCGCCUGAAGCUUGCGCAAAAUGAGCGUCUGGUCGGCGAACUCGCCGAAAACGAACGCCAACACGCUGUGGAGAUGGCUGAAAUGUCGGAAAAGUUGGCGAAAGAGAUGCGAAAAUUGGAGGACGAGGUGAAGCGAAUGCGGAUGCGCACGAAAGCGGCGGCGGUGGCGACGAAACCCCUGGAAGAUGAGCUGGAGAAGAUUGAGGAGAAAAAAGAGGAGCUUGUGAUUUCGAGCCCGGAGCCGCCAGAGUCUCAGGAGGAGGCCCGGAUUAUGGUCGCCGAGGCGGCCCGUGGAACAUUUUCGGCGCUCACCAACGUGUUCAACUUGCUACAGCAACGAUGUGAAAUCUAUCCGUAUGAUGUGACAAUGGAACGGCUGCCGCCCCAUGUUGAAAAGCUCUCUUCGGAAUACGCUCAAACGGCUCGCCUCUUCUCGAAUCUCAUCGAAAUCACGGACACCGUCCUCGCCAACUCGAUUUUCGAACCGGACCAGCAGAUUCCGCAGAUCACCUCAAAAUGUCGUCUGAUCUCCCAGCAUUGUCACCAAAUGCUCACCGAUCUGGUGCGGCAAAUGACUGGCGAGGAGAAUCGAGUGACAUGGUGCACUGCUCCGUUGUCAAAGCUGAACAAUCAAUGGGAGGCGCUGAUGCUCAGGAUGUUUGAUGUCUUCACGCGAGUUACGGAAGGCCUAGAGGCUUCUGAGCUUGAAAUUCUGCUGAAAUCCCUGGAUGAGCUGGAUUCCAGCACCACGGAAAUUCUAGACUGUUUCCAGAAGCGUUGGGUAUUCGAAUCGCGCCUUCCAACUACUACCCGACGGAUGCGAUGUGUAGGAUCGGCGCUAGAAGCUGCUCUUCAGAUAAUGUCCCAGGAAACUAGCAAGUUGGCUGCAAGAGCUCGCAGGACACAUUUGAUGGAGCUUCAGGCCUCUCCAGAACCCCCAGAGCAUGAAAAAGUACCGGGAAAGGUCGAGGAGCCGUCGAAUAACCCAUUUUUCGAUGAAGAAGACGAAGAAGAGGAUUUCAAAGAUGCUCCCGAGCUUCCAGAGGAGCCCAAAACUGUUCCAGAAGUUGUAGAAGAAGCCCCGAAAACCCAUGAUCAUCUGAAAUCAGAGCUUCACCUCCUCGAAUCCAGGAAUGAGGAGCUCCAAAAAGAGCGUGAUCGGCUUUUCGUGGACAACUCGCUGGUUAAACGGAAGCUUGAGAUUGCCAUGGCAGAUGCUCAACUAGAUGCUCCAGCACCUGAUAUGGAUCAAAUCUGGUCGAUCGGAAUGGAACGACGUGAUGAUUGGCUUCAGAGGGUUCAGAGAGCGGAGAAGGCGCUUAGGUUUUAUGAGAUUGAGUUCGAAAUACUGCUCCGCCACGAGCUGGCUUCCGAAGAGCACCUAAAACAAGUGCUCGACGAACUCGAAUCGGUUUCCAAACAGAAUCACCGACUGGAAGAUGAGCUGGAAAGUGUCAGAAGGGGGUAUGAAUCGCAGCUCGGAGACCUCUCAGAGCAUCUUGCAACUCUUGUAAAAGAUCGUGAAAAGGAUAAGGAAACUAGCAAAAGUCGGGGAAGUCUCAAGUCAUUCUUCAACAAGUCAUAACAACGCCACAUUGCCAGAAUUUUUCCUACGUCAUUUUCAAGCAUUAAAUAUUAUUGUGAUAACCUAUUUAUUAACUUCCCAGUCACUUUUUGUCCAUAUCAUUCCCAAAUUCUAAAUUAUUGGCCUGUAUUUAUCGAUUUUUGGCCCAAAGUACGGUCACGACACGACCAAAUGGUCACAGGUACAGUAUCCGAAAAAAAAUUCGGUCGUGUCGAGACCUGAUUCCCAAAUUUUCAGUUUCCAUUUAUCAUAUUGCCAGCAUUCUAUCUUUUCAUCGAUUGUAUACUUUGUAAAAUUUCAAAUUUCUAAUACGGUCAGUAAAUGGUGCUUCAAGAAA